AUGGCGGAAGCAGCCAAGGCAGCUGCACGCCAAUUGCCCGCCUUCAGGCUCGGAAGGAAGCAGGUCUUUCUGCCGAAUCACGUCAUCACUCUCCUGCGAAAGGAGCACCUCCCGCCGAACGAAGCCUGCUUCCAGGUGCCCCUGCGGUUCACAAAGUUCGAUCUGCGCGACUACCUGUGGAACCUGUACAACGUCGAGGUCAAGAAGGUGCGGUCAUACGUGAAGCAGCAGCCGCUGACGCAGCGCGACUCGCACUCGCGCUCGUGGUAUCGGCCGCAGUCGCUCAAGAUCAUGACGGUCGAGCUGGCCAAGCCCUUCCAGUGGCCCGAGCUGCCGGCGGACCUGCAGCCGUGGAGCAACGAUCUGUGGAAGAUGCGCGAGGAGCUCACGGAGAAGCGCAACCAAGAGCAGCUGGACAUGCACAGCUUCAAGACGCCCAUGAAGAGCGACGAACCGCCGUCAAAGGACAGGAAGGCGCUGGCGAGCUUGGCCCAGCAGAUGCUCUCGGGCGAGGUCAAGUGGUCCAACGACGUGGUGCUGGAUCCCAAGUGGGAGCACGUGGUGGCGAAGAGCAAGACGCCCGUCGCUGCCGCCGUGGCGGAGGAUACGGACGCGAAGAAGGACGCGACGAGGGCCGCCAAGGACGAGGCCCCGCCGCCGUAA